CUUCCGCGCGCGCGCACCAAGGGGCGGACGAGGAGUGGCUUCCGAGGCUCUGCCGCCCCGCGGCGCCACUCAGGGUUUGCGCGUAGCUGUUCAGGUCCUCCGCGGGUGACCGGGUUCAGGAUGGCCUCGGACUCGGGGAACCGCGGGACCACCUGCACGCUGGAGUUUGCGGUGCAGAUGACCUGUCAGAACUGCGUGGACGCGGUGCACAAGUCCCUGCAAGGGGUGUCAGAACAGGGGUACCUGCCCUCUGCCCCUUCUCUCCUCCCAGGUGUCCAGAGUGUGGAGGUGCAGCUGGAGAACCAGAUGGUCCUGGUGGAGACCACCCUCCCCAGCCAGGACGUGCAGGCCCUUCUAGAAAGCACAGGGCGGCAGGCGGUGCUCAAGGGCAUGGGCAGUGGCCUGUUGGGGAACCUGGGGGCAGCAGUGGCCAUUCUGGAGGGGCCUGGUGCUGUGCAAGGGGUUGUACGCUUCCUACAGCUGACCCCUGAGUGCUGCCUCAUUGAGGGGACCAUUGACGGCCUGGAGCCUGGGCCUCACGGACUCCAUGUCCAUCAGUUUGGGGACCUGACAAAGAACUGCAGCAGCUGUGGGGACCACUUUAAUCCUGACAGAACAUCUCAUGGGGGCCCCCAGGACUCUGACCGGCACCGUGGAGACCUGGGGAACGUCCACGCUGGUGCAGACGGCCGAGCCAUCUUCAGGAUCGAGGAUGAGCAGCUGAAGGUGUGGGAUGUGAUUGGCCGAAGCCUGGUCAUUGAUGAGGGAGAAGAUGACCUGGGCCGGGGCAACCAUCCCUUGUCCAAGAUCACGGGGAACUCUGGGGUGAGGUUGGCUUGUGGCAUCAUCGCACGCUCUGCUGGCCUUUUCCAGAACCCCAAGCAGAUCUGCUCCUGUGAUGGCCUCACCAUCUGGGAGGAGAGAGGCCGGCCCAUUGCUGGCGAGGGACGAAAGGCCCAGACCCCUGCCCACCUCUGAGCCUGGCCUUAGCCUCGGGUCUGUUACUGUGCUCCCAGCUGAGCACACCCCCAGAGGGAAGGAAGGGGACCCUGCUCACCCAGCCCUAGAAGAGCUGCUGUGCAGGGGAUGCAGUGGGUGCAGAGGUGGCUGUGAUGCUUUCUUGGAGAAUUAAAGUUUUAUUUUCAUAUGGAA